AUGUUUUCUGCUAUACUUCGCAUUGGCGCAUGGGCAGCGGUUGUCCUCCAAGCAACCGCCAUCCCCCACAGCAUCCGAGAUAAUACUGGUGAUACCUGUGGGGCAGUCGGACAGUUCAAAAGCAAUCCAUCCCCAGAAGCAUGGAGCAAGGCCAACACCGACGCCUGGCUGAACAACUGGUGGACCGAGAAUGCCCAAAACCGGACGGAUAACAAAUACGGAUUCGCUGGUGCAUUCGGCAAAUACGCACUUAACGACGAGGACUGGUCGUGCCAGAACACUGGCGACACCAACAACUGCAGACUCGAAACUUGCGACCCAGACCUUAAUUCCCUAGGCAAUAGUACCGAGCAGGCGUACUAUGUUGCAAGGGCGAUCAGUAACCUGCACGGUUUCUGGCUCGGUCUAGAGCAGUCGUUCGGUCCUACUUCUGGCAUCUCAGCCCUGGAUACCGAUGCUCUAGUGCUCAAUUUCUGGCACGAUGAGAAUUCCUGGGAUGCAUUGGUCCUAAAAGAGAUCCUGAAUUUAGUCGCCGUUGUGAUUGGUGUUGCUGUUGUUGGGCUCAGUGCACCUGCUCUCGCACCAGUCAUAGGUGCAACAGCACCUGUCAUUUUGGGGGCAGGCUCAGCCAUGAUUAGUGGUGGAAUUGGCGCAGCCAUUAUCGGUAUUACUUCCAAAGAUUCGACUGGUAUCACACAGGCUGACCUCGGUCAUUUCAUGUCAAAUAUAUUCCCGGAAAUCUCGAAAGCUUUUAUCAAUGGCAAUAAUGAGCUGAUGAUGGGUCAUGGCUACGGGGAAGGCGAUAUCCGUACCAUGCUCGAGGGCGGAUCAUGGGUCAACUACCCAGGAUUGAAAAAGGACGAAGCUCAGCAGGCAAUGAUCAAUAUAAUCAAGUCAAUGAUGAUCAACUCCCUAUGGCGUACCCAACGUGUGUUUAUUCUCGGCGGAGGCCGCUGCGGCGACGGCGAGGAUGUCGGCCGAGGUCUCAACGCCGACGAUAAUACUUAUUGCGAUGAAGAAAAUCGCGCUUGGUACCUAUACUACUGGCAGAGUGGUAAGGCACAGGAGCAACCGACAGCCGGGAAUAAUGAACGGCCCAACGGAUGGAUUUCUCGGCCCUGGGGAUCCGAUCGCAUGGGACAAUCUCCUAUAUUGAAGAAGGAAGGUAGCAGCGACGGGCCGUUCUGGCCUGAGCUUAACCCAGUGGACGUUAUCAAAUCCUCCCUCAAGUCCUACAAGGUCGGUGGCUACAACUACGACGGGUCAACCUUGACCAGUCGUAUAAGCGAUAUCUUCGUACCCGGCCAUGAUACCUACACAGAUGGCGCGAGCAUGGAAGGUGUCUGGACCAUCCCCGUGUGUGAUAUCAGUAAAACCAUCAAUAAUCCCGACUACAAAUAUCCUAUGAAGGAAUGGAUCCUCACUCCGUACGGGUUCGACCAACUCCCGCGCUGGUGUGGACCGAUUUGUGGAAUGGACAAGGAGGCGACGAUAGCAUUCUACAAGGCGGCUAACUUCAAGGAUCGCUACACACAUCCGUUCCUGGCGGGUUGUAGUGAUGCCUCUCAGGAUAUUCCAUAUGCAGGUUCUUGGUGGGAUUGGGUUGAAAAUGAAGACCACUAUGAUCCAAUGGUUCCCAAUAUUGCUGUCUGA